AGCGAACUAUAUAUUUGAUUUCAGCGAAGAAAGAGCCCACUUUUGCUAAUUGUGGCGGGAGAAUGCCGUAAGAGUCCCUGCUCAUCCAAACCCAAUUCCAUUUUUUAUCUAUCGACGAGGGGAAAAUCCUUUCUCAAUCGACGCUACUUGUAUGAUCGCCUUCAGGUUCUGGAGCGGUCUCUCAACUCCAAAUGAGGUUUGGAUCCUGAGAACUAGUUUCGAUUAUCAAUAGUGGAGUGUUAUUGAAAAUUCCUACAUCGUUUGAUUUGAAAUGGCGGAAGUUUUCGACGACGAAACCGAACAAACAAUUUCUAUUCAGGAGUAUCUGAAGGAAGUUGAGGAACAGGAGCUGGAAGCGGAUUUAGUUUUGGGAGGCGACGAAGGAAAGGAAUGUACUUACAGCAAGGGUUAUAUGAAGAGACAAGCCAUUUUCUCAUGUCUAACUUGUACCCCUGAUGGAAAUGCUGGAGUUUGCACAGCCUGUAGCUUGUCAUGCCAUGAUGGACAUGAGAUUGUGGAAUUAUGGACCAAAAGAAACUUCAGGUGCGACUGUGGAAAUUCAAAAUUUGGAGAUUUCAUCUGCAAGCUGUUCUCAAACAAAGACGUAGAAAAUGCCAACAACUCAUAUAAUCAUAAUUUUAAAGGAUCGUACUGCAUAUGCAAUCGCCCUUAUCCCGAUCCAGAUGUUGAAGAGCAGGUGGAGAUGAUUCAGUGCUGUAUGUGUGAGGAUUGGUUCCAUGAGGAACAUCUUGGUCUCAGUUCCAUAGAUGAGAUUCCAAGAGACGAAGAAGGGGAGCCCCUAUACGAGGACUUUAUAUGCUCGGUGUGUUCGGCAAUUUGUUCUUUCCUGAUUCAAUAUCCUUCGUCUAUUUGGGCUGUGGGAAGGCACUCUGCUGGAAAGGACAGCUUGCUUAGUGAACUUCCUGAGAAUAAUAACACUCAAACUGAUAGUUGUGUGCUUGAAACCUCUUCAUCUGCUUCCAUAAUUGCUGAAAACAAGCCAAUGUUUCUUUCAAAGAACUGGAGGGGUGCAUUGUGCAGAUGUGAAAAAUGCAUCAAUAAUUACAAGCUGAAGAACAUUAGUUUCUUGGUAGAUGAAGAGGACUCCAUUGCUGAGUAUGAGAAAAUAGCAAAGCAGAAGAGGGAAGAGAAGUUACAGGAACAAGAGGGUGCUGAGUUAAAGUUGUUUAAUAACCUGGGCCAUGUGGAGAAGAUUGAGAUUCUAAAUGGCAUUGCAGAUAUGAAGGAUGAGAUUCGUACAUUCAUGGAAUCGUUCGACUCGUCGAAGCCAAUUACGUCUGCAGAUAUCCACCAGGUAUUUGAGAAUCUAGCUAAAAAGAGACGUCGUACUGAAUGAAACAUAGUUUACUGUUUCUUUGAAAAUUCCGUUUCGUAAGACUGUUAACUAUGAAACAUCAUUUACUUUGACCUCUAGAUUAUGCUUUCAGAAAUGACUUGUUUUCAAAACCUUGUUGGCUACCGGAGGUGUCGAACUUUUUUUGUGACAUGCUAUGUUUUCUCCCCGUUGCUAGUAGGUUGAUGGGUGAACCAUCACCAUGGUUUUAGCUGUAAAUUUAACUUAGGUUCGGACUUGUUUCUAAUAUAUGCUAGACCUAUUUCUGACG